CCGCCUUGCGCGGUCUCCAGGUGAGGAGGCGGGGGGGGGGGGGGGGCUGAUGUGUGCGCGUGUCUUUCAGGUGUGUUCUGUUACCAGCUGCUAACUUUCACCCUGACCUUCAGCGGCACCAUCGAGCCACUCGUCGCGCAGGUUGUAGGAGGCUUGUUUCUCGGGGCUCUGAGUGACGAGCGGUUUGAAAGACGUGUGACUCGCGACAUCAUCCUGGAGGACACGCUGGACUUCCUGCUGUCGUCGGAGGACGAGCGUGUCAAAGGUCACGUCCGUCCUUCGCGCGCAGGCCGAGACCCUCGGCGAAGCGUGCCGUGCGCAGCCCAGGUAAGGGUGCGGCCGGCGCCUCGGCCGUCUACGCCGUCCACCUGCGGCGAGAGGCCCCGCCCGACCUCCCCGUCUUUGGAGAUCACAUGACCUGCACUUUCAUGCAAGUGAGUGAAACGCAAUUUGAUUCACGUUUUUGCUCGUCGCAGACAGGGGGCGCCAGAGGGAGCCAAUUUGAAACGGAGGCGCGCGCUCGUCGACAGGCAGCGGCCCCGUGCGGGUGGCGCGCCGACCGAGUCGAGGCGCUUCCAAGAAAAUGCGCCUUUGAAGGGCCGGGCCGAGCCGGGGUACGAACAAGAAAAUCCCUGUUAAGUUUUCUUGUGUCACUUUGUUGCGAUGUGCGGCGCCGAGGCGCGGAAUGUGUCGCCGCCGCGCGAGAGGCCGACAAGAAAGAAGAAGAGCGGGCCGCCGCCUCGGCUUCAACGCGGCGCGCGAGGCGGCGGCCGCCUCUCAAGUCCAUCCAGACGCGGCGGCGGUGGCUCUCAGGCCCGUCGUUUAUUUGACCUAUGACCCCCACCCCGACCCCACGUGCGUCAAUCCACAGCGAGCGAUGAAGACUGCGGUGGCGGUGCGGCUUUCCUCCUUCUUUCCCGCCUUCCUUCCAUCCUGUGACGGCAAGCUGUGAGGAACGAGCAGGAAGUGUCUUGAGUUGGCUGUCAAGACUGUGACGUGUUGGCAAUUGGCCAGACCGCUGCGCGAUUGCGCCGCAGCCAAAAUCUUGUCUUGAUUUCCGCCCCCAAAAAAGACAACAGGUCGCUCUGCAAAUCAGCGCCGGACACAGCCCAAAGCGAAAGAGGACAUUUGCCGUGCGUUAUCCGUGGCUGGAGGCCGCUCUUGUAUUGGUUGUGCGCUCGCCGCUCUCCGUGAAGAAACAUCUGCCAAACUUUGGCCGCGUCUCUUCUCCCGCCUUGCGAUUGACGUUCGGCUCUCGUUUUGUUUUCGAACGAACUCGUCUCUUUAGAACCCGCCCUUUUGAACGGAACAGUGCUAGUGCGAGGUUUUUUUUCUGGGGGGGGGCGCGGGCUUUUGACCCCGCCCAUUCCGCGCGCGUCACGCGUCCGCUGAUUGUCCGUCCAAUUAUCGCGGGGCUGUGACGUCACCGUCGGGCUCCGACGAGGGACGUGGCGCGGCGGCUCUCCCCAGUCGACUUCGGAACCCCCCCCUCCUCGGCGGCGCGCGCCGUACGCGGACGCUGAUGAGGACGGACGGCGGCUAUGAAGUCCACCCCGAACACGGUCCCGGUACCGGCGCGACGCGUGUGCACGGUCCCGGUACCGGCGCGACGCGUGUGCACGCUGACGGUGCUGCUGUGCGUGUGCCCGUUGUGCUGCCAGGCCAGCUGGAUGCUUUUGGGCGCCGACGGGCCGGAGCAUCGAUGGUCCCGGGACGGCGGCUGCCGCUCGCUCCCCCUGAGCGCCCGGCAGCGCGAGGUGUGCCGCAAGCGGAGCUUCCUGGCGCCCAGCAUCGUGGACGCCGCCCGGCUGGCCCUCGGCGAGUGCCAAAACCAGUUCCGGCACGAGAGGUGGAACUGCUCCGUCGGCCGCGACCCGGCCCUCUUUGGACAGCAGCUGAGCAGCGGAACCAAAGAGACGGCGUUUGUGUACGCGGUGAUGGCGGCCGGCCUGGUGCACGCCGUCACGCGCUUCUGUAGCCGCGGCAACGUGAGCGAGUGCGGCUGCGACGCCCGCCUCCAGGGCCCGGCGGAGGCCUGGCACUGGGGCGGCUGCUCGGACCACGUCCAGUACGGGACCUGGUUCAGCCGGCGCUUCCUGGCGCACGCCGCCGUCAACGCCUCGGCCGGGACGCGCGCGCACGCCCUCCUGCGGAUGAGCCAGCACAACAGCGAAGCCGGCAGGCAGGCGGUGGUGACCACCAUGUCGACGGACUGCCGCUGCCACGGCGUUUCGGGCUCGUGCGCCGUGAAGACGUGCUGGCGGACGAUGGCGCCGUUCGGCCGCGUGGGCGCCUACUUGAAGGAGCGCUACGAGGGCGGCGUGCGCCUCAAGAGGAAGGAGCCCCGGGCGCCCGACAAGCACCGGCUGGUCUUUGUCAGCAAGUCGCCCAACUACUGCCUGGAGGACCGGCGCGGCGGCGUGCUGGGCACCAGGGGGCGCCGCUGCAACCGCACCUCCGGGGGGCCCGACGGAUGCAAGCUGCUGUGCUGCGGCCGCGGCUACGACACGCGCGUGGAGCGCCACGUGCGCCGAUGCGCCUGCAAGUUCGUUUGGUGCUGCUACGUCCGAUGUCGCCGAUGCGAGAGCAUGAGCGACGCGCACGCCUGCAAGUGAAACGCCGCCGCCGACUCGGGACUGCUUUGCCCGUCAGCCUUUUCCCAAUAAAUCCCCGCUCCAUCCAAAAA